UCCUUCAUUCGUUCAAAACCGAAAAUUUUCUCCCUUCUUGAAUUUUACUGAGGGAAAAAAGAUUGAAAUUUCGUCAAGGAAAGUUGUGUUCUUUCUGAGAAAAGAUCAAAGGGAAGUGUGUUUUUUCUGUUUGGUUGAGAAGAAAAAAUGUAUGCAGAGACAGGGCUGUUUUUCCCUUACAUGGAUAACUUUGCUGCUCAAGAUUUCCAGCAGCUUGAAUAUUACUGUAAAACCCAGAAACCCAAUGCUUCAACGAACAACCUGAUUCCAACUUCGACUAUAUCCGAAUAUUCUCUGGGGGGAGACGGAGAUCUGUUCAAAGCUCCAGAACCGAUCAUCGAGGAACCGGCUUUAGGCCUUGAUCCCUUGUCUGCAGCCAUCUCGAUGAUCUCGUGUGGUGAAGAUGUCAUUACUUCACAAGAACUUAAGGCAGCGGAUAUCGAAUCGUUCCGAAACGAUCAGCUUUUGGAGGUUCUCUACGAGUGCGAGAAGGAUCUGAUGGCACAAGCGGCGAUGGAGACGCCGCUGUUGGAGGUACUUGAUGUCAAGAUUCCUAUCAUGGAAACGGAUGGAAACCAAAUUCAAGAUAAUGAAAUGCUCUGCGAUGUAUCGUUCUCGAAAAGUGUCAGCUCAAGUUGUUUAAGCUCGAUGGAAUGGAUGCAAGGGGCUGCAAUCAGGCCGAAUUUUCUCGAUUUCCCUGGAAUGGAUUUCGAUACCGUUUACGGGAUGAGGAGAGCGUUUAGUGAAGGAGAUAUAAAGACUCUUGGCAAUGGUAACGUGAGCGUCAUUCAUUCUCCAGUCGAGCGACCGUUGAUCUUCAGCAGCUGUUCUACCGAAGAUCGAAGAGAAAAGCUCUCGAGAUACAGGAACAAGAAGACAAAGAGGAACUUUGGAAGGAAAAUCAAGUAUGCUUGCCGGAAGGCUCUUGCCGACAGUCAACCAAGGAUCUGUGGAAGGUUCGCAAGGACCGAAGAUUCCGACAACUCCAAGAGGCAGUAACUGUUUAGACGAGUCGAAAAAAAUUACCAAGCAAAGAAGGAAUGUAGUAGUUAGGACCAAUGAGGCAAUAUAUAUAUAUAUAUAUAUAUAUAUAUAUAUUAGAUUGCUAAUGCUAAAUAAAGAAGCCAGCUCCCGAGAAAUAGUUGUAUCUUGUUCGUUGUAAUAACGGAGAUGGCCGAGUUCGGAUGUACAUAGUGUUUGUUCAAUAUAAUAGCAAAUCAGAAAUUUGUACUUGGUCAUAUGUAUGUUCUAUAAGAGAUGCUUAUGUUUUCUCCA